UCAUACAACUCACAAUCUUCUCAAACUCUAGCUAUAGCUAUAACUUCAUAUUAUCAGUGGUAUGGAGGACUUGGAGUUGGUCGAAAAACAUGUCAUUGUACCUGAGACAUUGUUGAAUGGUCGCCGUCUUUUCUUAUCAAACAUAGACCUCACCCUUGUCACUUACUUAGAAACUGUAUCAUUCAUCGAACCGACAUCAAAUGAUAUCAGUUUUGCUGAAAUUUGUUCUAGUUUUUACCGUUCGCUCAGACGGAUUUUAGUUUCUUACGAUUUCAUGGCUGGAAGGCUUAUUCAUCAAGCUGGUGAGGGAGAGAAUGCUGGUCGGUUUGAGAUUGAUUGUAAUGGUGAAGGUGUUGUAGUUGUCGCAGCAACUACUAGUACUAGUAAAAUGAGUCAACUCGGUGAGUUAAGGUGUCCAAAUAAGCCUGAAUUCAAAAAGCUGGUUUCUUUCUUGCAUAAUGAGGAAUGGAUGAAUUUGGAGAUCAAAGAUAAACCUCUGUUGCUUUUACAGCUAACUCGGUUUCAAUGUGGAGGUGUAGCUCUAGCUUCUCUAUCCAAUCAUUGUACCCUAGACGGCACCGCAAUUCAAGAAUUCAUCGUGAAUCUAGCUUCGUUGACACGCGGAGAUGAUCUUGUUAUCCAGCCAAACUCAGAUCGUAGCAUCUUUAAAGCACGUAACCCACCAAGAAUCAGUCACCCACACUUUGAAUACUCAAUACCCAAAGUAUCAGACACAUCCUUUAGUAUCCCUGGGAGUAUUCUCAUUCCAGCCAUAAUCAAACAACCCUUUCUAAAGACUACCACCAAGCUCGUUUACUUAUCUGAAAGUUGGAUUUCCAACUUAAAAUCUUUAGCACAGAGAGACGGAAAAUUUAUGAAGUACACGACAUUCCAUGUUUUAGCUGCAAAGUUAUGGAAAGCAAGAAGCAUUGCAACACAAGUACCAGAUGAAUGCAUUUCGACCGUAUUAUUUCCCAUUGAUGUUCGCCGCAAGAUAGUUCCACGUGCACCGAAAGGGUUUGCAGGAAAUGCACUAAUUCCUGGCUUUGCUCGUUCGGACAUGAACCGGAUUAAAACCGAGAAGUUUUCUGCUCUUGUUGAUGAAGUUCACAAAGGAGUUGAGAGAGUUGAUGAUGAAUAUGUCAAGUCUAAUAUUGAUUGGUUAGAAAUGAACCGAGGAGUUCCAUGCAGAGAGAAUAGUUUCUCUGUGGUUGUUUGGUCUAAACUUGGAUUUGAAGGGGUGGAUUUCGGAUGGGGUCGUAUUACAAAUGUUGUUCCGGUUGAGAUUAAGCCUGGUUUGGUUAUUGUUUUGCCUGGUGAUAAAGAGGGAGGGGGGAUUUACGUUUGCCUCGAAUUGCCCUCGGAACAAAUGGAAGACUUCUAUAAAUUAAUGAUGGCCAAGGAAGAAGAAUGAUUUAAGAGAUAAUUAUCUGUGCUUUUACAUUUUCCUCUUACCACAGAUAAGCAAUAUAUGGGUUGGUUAUGCUCCACCAACUAGUUUAAUCAUAUUUCUACAGUGAUUUUCAUCCUAUAAUGUAAUGUCAACAACAAACUACUGAUUAAACUUCAAGGUUAACAGGUUACUGUUUAUUUUGUAAUCAAAUACUCGAAAACCGUUGUACCAACUUAGCCAAACUUUAAUGGGAAUCAAAUGCUA